GACUGCACCAACUUGAUAUGUCACAUCGAGGAUAAGGGUUGCGUCGAGUCGCAUACGCCUCCGGCAGACGGCACAAACUGCGGCGAAAAUAAGUGGUGCUUUGCUGGUGAUUGCGUGGAGAAGGGCGAGAGACCGGGGGCGGUGGAUGGAGGUUGGGGCAAGUGGCACGAGUGGAGCGAGUGCACCAGGACUUGCGGUUCGGGGGUGGCAAGUCAGGAGAGACAUUGCGACCAUCCGCCUCCCAUGAUGGGCGGUAAGUUCUGCGCCGGGGAAUCCAAGAGAUACAAGAUAUGCAGCACAGAGCCCUGCGACCUGCACGAGCCGUCUUUCAGGGACGUGCAAUGCUCGGAGUUCGAUUCCUGGGUGUAUCCGGAGGAUGGGAAGGUGCACGUGUGGCGCAGCUAUCCGAUCCACGACGAGAAUCCCUGCGGGCUGUACUGCGUGAACGAUGAGGGUGGCAUAGCGUCGCUGCGUCCUCGUGUGAUAGAUGGGACCACGUGCUAUCACGGCAUUAGAGAUAUAUGCAUCAACGGGAUGUGCAAGGAAAUCCCGUGCGAUCUGGAUCUGCAAUCGAACGCCGUCGAGGAUCGUUGCGGAGUCUGCAAGGGAGACGGCACCAGCUGCAAGGUGACGCGCGACUCCAGACUCUUCCAAUGCGACAGCGGACUAGAGGAGGAGAAGUUUGCGGAGAUUCCGAAGGGCGCGGUGAACAUCAAAAUCGAGGAGAUGUUGCCGUCCGAGUCGAGGAUCGAGGUCAGGGACAAGGAUGGAAAGGACGUGUACAUCGGCGGCACCGAAUUGGGAACGUUUAAUGUAAAAGGGACCAAAGCUUGGGUCGGAAUGAUCAGAUUAAAACAGGAGGCCAUCAGUAUUCCCGGACCGCUGCCGGAUCCAAUUUCUAUUUGGGUUGGGGUGUUGCAGAAUACGACAAUAAAAUACUCGUACGGGACAAAAGAAUUGCACAAGCGGAAGCCGGUGUUUAGCUGGGAUUUCCUGGAUUGGUCCCGAUGCUCUACGGAGUGCGGUCCCGGGACGCAGGAGGCAAUUCCCAAGUGCGUGGAGAAGGAAGCUGGACAAGUGGACGAGAAGUACUGCACGGAUGUUCACAGGCUCAAAUCGCAAAUACGUCCGUGCGAGCUCGCCCCGUGCACCCCAAAAUGGUUCGUCGGCGAUUGGUCGGAAUGCUCGAAGUGUCCUCGCGGCAUCCGAACGAGGAUUAUAAAAUGCUUCAUACCGGUUGGAACCGGCGAAGGAGAGUUGGAUCUUGUCUCGGAUGACUACUGCAUCUCGCCGAAGCCGAGGAUGCGAGAGUCCUGUACCUGCAAUCCUAAAAAAGGUCGAUCGAGGAACGUGACGAAGCUUUUCGAUGUGAUCGAUGCGAUGGACGUGACGCAGGUGCAUCUGACGGUGCACACGGAUUUCGAUGGAAAGAACUACCCGCCGGGACUGCCGCAUCCGAAGAACGCGAACGAGUCCGUCUUCGAUUUGGAGGACAAGGAGGCGCUGAAAUUUAUGGAUUCCAUGCAGAGAAACUUCGAGAACAACAAGAGUCGCAUCUAGGAUUUAAGUCAUUUUUAUUUAC